CAUAUGAUAUGAUAUGGUUGCAGAGAAUUGAACUGUGAAGCCUCAACAUACAAAGAACAAUUGUCUGAUCUUUAGGGGCACCUCAUCAAAAAAGAAGAUAUUAAUUUAUGGAAGUGGUUGAGGACGUUGUGAUUGUGGGAGCUGGGAUUGCUGGCCUCACAACAUCCUUGGGACUUCACAGGCUAGGUAUUAGAAGCUUAGUGUUGGAAUCAGCAGAUAGUUCGAGGAUAACAGGAUUUGCUCUUCUAACAUGGACCAAUGCUUGGAAGGCGUUGGAUGCUGUUGGUGUUGGCGACUCUCUUCGCAAACUACAUGAACAACUUCUUGGGUAAUGAGGUC